AUGGCUCUCAAACUGGCUUCCUCAUCCCAUGUAUAUCAACGAUUCAAUGUGUCCUUCAGGUCUGCUGUGUUCUACGGUUGGCUGCUGAGGAAGCAGCACACUGUUAUCAAGGAGACUCUGCACUCAAAAGUUUAUGUAGUCUACAGUACAGUGGCUCACUUCAUCAUGGACCCCCCCACACCAUGUGUGACUCACAGAGCAUGUUCCAGUCUGCCUACUCCAAGCAAUCCUGCAGAGACUGUUCAGCCUACUUUGUACAUUUCCACAGUCCUGGCUGUCACAGAAUGCCAGCACACACAAGGGGAGGCUGCUGCUCCCGUUCGUCCUGAGACCUCCAUGGCCAAGACAUUGAUGGACAUCGGAACACAGUGUAUUUUCUAGGAGGAGCAUGACUUUUUCAGACAGAAUGUACAGCGAUUCUUCAAUGAGGAAGUGGUGCCUUACCAUGCCGAGUGGGAGAAAGCUGGUGCGGUGAGCCGAGGAGUGUGGGAGAAGGCGGGCUCACAGGGAUUGUUGUGUGUCUAUACUCCUGCUGAGCACGGGAGAGACCUGCUCUCUGCUGCCAUCGUGUGGGAGGAGCAAAUGUACUCUAACUGCUCUGGCCCUGGGUUCUCUCUAUACUCUGAGAUUGUAAUGCCAUACAUCUCCCACUACGGCACCCAGGCUCAGGUGGAGCUUUAUAUUCCCCAGAUGGCUGUAGGCAAAUGCAUUGGCGCCAUUGCCAUGAUGGAGCAGGGUGCAGGCAGUGAUCUUCAGGGAGUGAAGACUUAUGCUCGAAAGGAUGGCUGUGACUGGAUUCUGAAUUGAAAUAAGGUUUUUAUCACCAAUGGGUGGAUGAGUGACCUGGUGGUGGUGGUUGCUGUAAUGAAUUGCGAUGCUAAAUCUGUGGCACAUGGCCUCAGUCUGUUGCUGGUGGAGAACGGCACCAAGGAGUUUCACAAGGGACAUAAGCUCGACAAGAUUGGCCUUAAAUGCACCUGGAGUAAUUUCUUAGUGUCACGGCUGGGGGAAACCAACAUGGAUGAGCUUCUUCAGGUAAGAGACAAAUUCAUUACAGGUGGAGAAAGCAGUCAGAAGGAGAGAUUUAUUAUUGCUAUAAUGGCCCUUGCCGGCUCUGAGUUUAUGUUCGAGGAGACACAGAACUGUGUACUACAGAGGAAGGCGUUUGGUAAAAUGGUUCAGCACAGACUGGCUGAGCUGAAGACAAAGAUUUGUGUUGGUUGAGCCUUCAUUGACAACUGCCUGCAGCUGCACAGCAAGGGUAAACUGGAUUCCAGCACGGAGUCUAGGGCCAACUACUGGGCAUCAGAUCUACAGAAAAAGGUGGCCACACAGCUGCACGGAGGGUGUGGCUACAUCUGGUAAUAUCCAAUUGCCAAGGCUUUCGUGGAUGCCCGCGUUCAGCCCAUGUACGGUGGCACCAACGAGAUCAUGAAAGAGCUGAUUGCACACACCAUUAUUAGACACAAGUAAACAGGAUGGUAGUAUGUUUCGCAGAAACUGAAGGUUCAGAUACAAGAAGCUGGUUUGUGAUAGUUUUGCUUCAAAGCAUAUUUGUGAUAUCUUUUUACCUUAUAUACAAACAAUAAAUACAUUUAGCAGUUGGUGAGAGCCGACCCAGGGAGAGCCAGUUUAAGAAACCUGAUUGGCCUUACCACAUUAAGGCCAGAGAUAUUGAACAUUUAUUUAAAAACUCUUAAAAAUAUUUAAAUUAUUGCCAAUAUAACGGUAUUUUCUAACACUGUGCAAAUUAUUUUCUAACAUUUGUACAAAUACCUUCAAACACAUUUUAGAAAUUAUUUCCAUUAAAAAAAAACACAUGCAAAGCUAUUUCUCACUUUUGAGUGUUUUGUAAUAAUUGUAAUACACACACAAACACACACAUAGACACUAACUCCAGUGACAACAAAAUCACAUAAACACUGCAACAUAUGAUAAUAGGUGAAGAAACAUGACACAAUGCACACACAGUUACCACAGAAGCAAGAGCUGGAAAAAUAAAAAUACUGGCUCUGCUUCAUGUAGCUAUAUAACAUCUGAUGCUGCCAGACUUUUUAGAGAUUGGCAUAGCCCAACCCCAUCUAUUCUAGAUCUCAGUUUAACUUUGAAUCUAGAAUCCUCUUAAGCCAAGCUAGGGCCCACCCGAUUUGAGCAUUCAACAUUUGGAACAUUCAGUAUUGAGUUAUCUUAACUGGAGGAUUCUAGAUACAUCGGUCCAGGUCUAGAUAAACCAGUCCAGGUCUAGAUACACCAGUCCAGGUCUAGGGCACAAGAGUCGGGCACUGUAAUGCAAUAGUUAGAAAUGCUUUAAACUUUCCCUGGCAAAAACAUUUUCUAAUUUUCAAAGAGAAUAGAAACAAUUAGUAUAAUUUAGCACAAUAUGUUGUACAUCUUAAAGAAAUUCUGUAAUAUCUGGAAAUGCUCUACA